GAUAUUUGAUGCCUCUGGAUCCUUCUUUUUAUUUGAAGUCUCAAAAAGCACAACAUACACAAAACACAGUCGUUUUGUCUAUUAAGUCUUAUUUGCGCAUAGGGUUUCGUUGAUGUAGUGGAGGCAGAAGAAGAAGCUGCUGACAUAGGAUGCAUAUUCCGACAAGAAUCUCAGCCCUGCCUCUCUUUCUCCCCUUCCGAGUGAGGUGUCAUUUCCUUCCUCACAACCCUUCUCCCUGGAUUCGCAAGUCAUCAUUUUCACCUCAUUUGCAACCCUGUAGUAGAAAGCUGAGAAAGGAUUUUCCAAAGAACAUGGCCUGUGGUUUGGAUAACAAGACAGGAACUGGUUUAGUUCGCCCUGCAACAGAUGCUUACGCAACUGAGGCUAUCGAAGCUUUGAGAGCUGGCAAGGUUAUUGCGGUCCCCACUGACACACUCUAUGGAUUUGCUUGUGAUGCUUGCUCGUUGGAAGCAGUUAAUAGGAUUUACGAGAUCAAGGGUCGAAAACAUACAAGCCCUCUGGCUAUCUGUGUUGGAGAUGUAUCAGACAUAUAUCGUUUUGCCGUGACUGACCACUUGCCACAUGGCCUGCUUGAUUCCCUCCUUCCGGGGCCUGUUACAGUUGUAUUAAGUCGAGGCGAUUCAAGUGUUCUUGAACGAUCCUUGAACCCGGGAUUUGAUAGUAUAGGAGUUAGAGUGCCUGAUAGCAAUUUCAUUAGAGUCAUUGCUCGCGGUUCAGGAACUGCCUUAGCACUUACAAGUGCAAACCUUAGUGGACAGCCAAGUAGUGUUUGCAUCAGAGAUUUUGAGAAUCUUUGGGAGCAUUGUGCUUUUGUAUAUGAUGGUGGUGUGCUUCCAUCAGGUCGAGCAGGUUCAACAGUUGUGGACCUCACUACACCACACAAAUACAAGAUACUGAGACCUGGAAGCGCAAAGGAAGAGACAAUUGCCAUCUUGGAAAAGCAUUCUUUAGUCGAAUCAGCUGCCCGGUAAAUAAGGGGUGAUCAUAUUUAAUUGUUUAUUUGUAUGCAAUGCCACGUUCAAGGCCUCAAUUGUAUUUGCUUGGACAUGUGAGAAAUUAUGACCAAACACAGCUCGCAUAUGGCCUCUUUUUAACAAAUAUAUAGCAUUGGCACCUAUUCUAUUUAGUUAUCAUUUCAUUAAUCGUCUUGUUAGGUUUAAUGUUAAUGGAUUUUACUCUUCACAUGAUUUCAUGUUGUGUAGAUUUUUAUUUUAUUGUUGACAAGAUUUUCUCCUAUGCUUAGGGAUUUGAUCAUGUAAUAUAUUGAAGGAUUGAUUAU